CAAGUUCCAGCAUGCCGUGCGGGGGCGAGGCCGUACCAUAUGCGGGGAGGAGCUCUGUUUUUUCUCCGGGUAAAAGCAUCGAGGUGCCGGGAAGCCGUGGUCGCCAGCAUGGCCAGAAGGGCCUUGAAACUUGUCUCUCUGGCAGCAGCCAGCUCUGGUUUCUACCUAUAUGGCAGCAAGUACCUGGAUCCCAAUGAUUUUGGAGCUGUUCGGGUGGGCAGAGCCAUUGCCACAACAGCUGUUAUCACCUAUGACUACCUCACUUCUCUCCGGAGUGUCCCGUAUGGAUCACACGAGUAUGCCUACCUCAAAUCACAGGUACAUCUGCGCUCUGCGGAACGUCUCCGGGACCUGUGCUGUGCCAACAGAGGCACCUUCAUCAAAGUGGGACAGCAUUUGGGGGCACUCGACUACCUUCUGCCUGAGGAAUACACUCGCACCCUGAAGGUACUACACAGCCAGGCCCCACAGAGCAGCAUGAAGGAGAUUGAACAAGUGAUCCGUGAGGACCUGGGCAAAGAGAUCAAAGAGCUCUUUGUGAGUUUUGAGGACACUCCCCUGGGAGCAGCAUCCCUGGCCCAGGUCCACAAGGCGGUGCUGCAGGAUGGGAGGACAGUGGCAGUGAAAGUCCAGCACCCGAAGGUUCAGGCUCAAAGCUCCAAGGACAUUUUGUUGAUGGAGAUUCUCCUGCUGACCGUGAAGCAGAUCUUCCCAGACUUUGAGUUCAUGUGGCUGGUGGAUGAAGCUAAGAAGAAUUUGCCCCUGGAGUUGGACUUCCUCAAUGAGGGGAGGAAUGCAGAAAAGGUGGCCCACAUGCUCAAGGACUUUGACUUUCUGAAGGUCCCUAGGAUCUACUGGGAGCUGUCAACCAGGCGUGUCCUUCUCAUGGAGUUUGUGGAAGGUGGGCAGGUGAAUGACAGGGCCUAUAUGGAGAGGAACAGCAUUGACGUCAAUGAGAUCUCUCGCAAUCUGGGGAAGCUGUACAGUGAAAUGAUCUUUGUGAACGGUUUCGUACACUGUGACCCGCACCCGGGCAAUGUGCUCGUGAGGAAGUGCCCAGCCACCGGCAAGGCCCACAUUAUACUGCUGGACCAUGGGCUCUACCAGGUCCUGACAGAGAAGUUCCGCUUGGACUAUUGCCGGCUCUGGCAGUCCCUGAUCAAGGCUGAUAUGAAGAGAGUGCAGAAAUACAGCCGACGGCUAGGAGCAGGUGACCUGUACCCACUCUUCGCAUGCAUGCUCACCGCCAGGUCCUGGGACUCUGUCAACAGGGGCAUUGACCGGUCACCGGUCACAGCCAGUGAGGAUGUGGAGAUCCGGACCAAUGCUGCUGCUUACCUACCUCAGAUCAACCAGCUCCUCAACAAUGUGCCCCGCCAGAUGCUGCUGCUGCUGAAGACCAAUGAUUUGCUAAGGGGGAUUGAGUCAGCCCUACACACACGGGCCAGUGCCAGCUCCUUCCUCAACAUGUCUCGCUGCUGCAUUAGAGCCGUCUCCACGUAUCAGAGAAGCAAGUCUCACUCCCUGUACAGAAAGGCCAAGAUCUCUCUCUUAGAAGCUCUGAGCCUGUGGCAGAUCAACUUACAUGAACUCUUCCUGCGGCUGAAGGGGUCCCGGCUGGGGAACUGGGUCAUUGCUUUCCUGAGCCGGAUGCACCAUUCUCUGUACUGACAGGAACUGGUGGGAGAAGCCUGGGCAAUUACUGCUCGCCUCCAUUCUCUGCAGCACACUUGCCUUCCUGACCAUUCCUGUCCGUUCUCCACAAAGGCUAUUGAGACGCUUUUCUUGUAACGCAUAGUGCCGGCCUUGGCUGUCAGAGCAUAAGCUUCUCUAUAGCAGAGAGGGUGGGGAGAGCAGGGGCUCUGGGAGUCAGGACUCCUGGGUUCUAUUCUAGCAAUGAGAGAGGUGGGAGUGUGAUCUAGUGAGCAGGGCAGGGGGCCUGGGAGUCUCUCUGUUCCCAGCUCUGGGAAGUACCAUUAUGGAAACCCCUGUAGACUUGAAUAGGAAAGGAGAACUUUUUCUAGCCCCCUACCCCUUUUAAACCAUCCAGUAGCAUUUAAGAGAGAUGUAUGCCUGCCCUAGAAUUCUCCAGGAUGGUUCAAACCCCCUAGAAAGUAAAUCAUUCCUUAUGGAAUUCACUACGGUUUUCAGUAGUUUGUACAAAAGCCUAUGGGUUCAAUGCCUGUGAAAUCUACAGGAAUUUUCUCUAAGGGGAGAAAGAUCUAGCGGUUAGAGCAGGGGACUGUGAGCCAGGACUCCUGGGUACUAUUCCCAGCUCUGAGAGGGAAUUGGAACUAAUGGUGAGAGCAAGGGUCUGGAAGCCAGGAUUUUUCUGGGUUCUGUUCCCAGCUGUGCUGUGGAGUCAUUGUGUCAUUUUGGGCAAAUACGUUCCUUGCCUCAGUUUCCCACAUGUAACAUGGAGGUAAUGCUGUAAACCCUCCUCUGAACUCCUCAGGGAGCAGGUGCUGUGGAAUCUCAUCUGAGAACUCACAUCUUGUGGCAGGUGAUGUAUGUGCACUGUACUGUACUGUCGCACAGGAAAAUAAAUAGGGUGUCAUGUUA